AUGGCACCAUCUCAACUCAGAGGGCAAGACCUCACCGGCAAAGUCGCCGUCAUAACCGGCGCCUCCCGCGGCAUCGGCCGCGCUACCGCCGUGAAUCUAGCAUCCAGAGGCUGCUCUAUCCUAGGCACAUGCUCGAGCCCGCAAACCAUCCACUUCAUCGACGUGCUCGAAAAUGAGAUCGCCUCGUGGUACAAAGCCGCCAACCAAUCGCAAAGCUCCAAGAUCAGAGGAAUCGCCGCCGACAUCUUCUCGCCCACGUGCGCGCAGACUAUCGCCGACGCGCUGAUCCAGCAUUUCGACGGUCACGUGGACAUCUUUGUUAACAACGCGUCCGAUUCUAGUGCGGGGACGCUGGGAGAGCUGACGGUUGAGGAGAUCCAGAAGAGUUUGGUGGGGAAUGUGCAGACGCCGGUGCUGAUCGUGGAUGAGCUGGUGAAGAGGAAGAUGUUUCGGCCCGAGAGUCGGAUCAUCUAUCUUUCCUCGAUUAGGUCGAGGCAGCCGUGGGGAGAGCAGUUGAUAUAUGCGGCUGGGAAGAGCGCGGGCGAAUCGCUGUGUAGGACGUGGAGUCAGGCGUUUGGGGGGAGGGAUGAGAAGUUUGCCUUCAUGGCUGGGACGACGGCGAAUGCUGUGACGGUCGGCUUGACGCAGACGGACUCGGUGAUGAUGUGCCCGCCUGAUACUUUGGAGGGCUUCAAGCAGGAGUUCAUGCCGCUGCAGAGUAUUCCCAGAUUUGGGCAGCUGGAAGAUGUGUCGGACGUGAUAGGGAUGCUAUGCAGCCGUGAUGCCCGAUGGAUCACGGGCUCGGUCAUUAGUGCCAGCGGAGGUGGCAUAAAGAUCGGUUGA